AUGCAUCAUCCUCGGAUUGCUUCGAAUGGUGCAAACAAUCCGUCGAUGGAUGUGCAUAAUCGGGUGGUUCCCUUUCCAAGAGCAAUCAUCAGGAGCUCAAUUUUUCUUGUAUAUACGCCACAUACCGGCAGCAUCACUGCUAUAAUUGGCAAAUCGCCAACGACGCUUUGGGCGCUUUCGAAAUUCGUUUCGGACAACCCGCUCUUUCAUCGGUGUCGAACUUUACUGCGGCUGGUUAUUGCCGCUGACGGCUUUAUUGCUCUGUGUGGCUAUAUAGUGGGUGCUGACGCUGUCGCUGCAGGCGUUUGUUGUUCGCUGGUGAUCAAUCCUGGUGGCGGUGAUGGUUGA